AUGAUCACCCUGCAAUUCGCGAGGACACUAUUUGCCUUCACCUUUUUCGGAGCGUUCACCGACUUACAGCUGAUGCUAUUCUCAGCACUUCCUGGACCAUUGACAAAUCUGUAUAACCAGACAUUCGUUCGGCAUUACGGCAUUGUGCUCGAUCGUAAUGUGCUGUCAACGAUACCCACAUUGGUAUCAAUGAGCAUGGCUGUUGGAGUCUUAUCAGGUGUGAUAUGGAUCCUUCCAUUAAUGGACACUUACGGCCGGAAAUUCGUCGCAAUCCGGCUAAGGUGCCUUCUUGGGCUCGCGUCGUGUGCCUUUCAAGGUUUGGGUGGCUGGCUAGGAAGUGCUGAGCUUUUUAUUGUCGGAGAACUGUUGCUUGGCUUAACGAUCCCGAUUAAGAUGAUUGUGGUUUCUCUGUUCGUGACAGAGUGUGCUCCAGAUAAGCACAGAGGUUUCGCAUCCGUCGCUCUUCACUUGGGAGAUGUGUUGGCCAGUUUGCUCAUAUGUCUAUUGUUGUAUAUCUUCACCGUGGAUGUUCCGGACUCACCAAAGUGGCUUAUCCGAAAUGGUGAUAAAGUUCGUGCAGCUGAAGCGAUCGUUUCUAUCACGGGACUGAUGAAAGUCCAAGCGAAGCUAUGA